AUGUCGUCGAGGGUCACGGUGGAACCCAUCCACGAUCCUGACGGCAGCGCCAUCGACUCGAGCGUGGGGAAAGAGGGAGGAGCAGAGGAAGAAGAUGGCGAGAAAGCUCUGCUCAAGAUUGCGGGCGUCGCGGCUAGCAGUGAUUAUGGACAGGGGGCGUCGGGGAGAAGCGGCCUUCGAAAUGGUAUCAGUGAAAGUGCUGGAAAUGCUUCGUUGAAGGAGGUUGUGAUGGCACUUAAAUGUCGCCCAGAACUCUUAGAUGGCAUGUAUACUGGAAUUAAUACCAACCAUAUUACUAUGACAAGCAAAAUGGUACAAGAGUAUACUAGACUUCACGUACAACCUCAUAAAUCUAUUGUUGGUGCGAAUGCCUUUUCUCAUGAAAGUGGAAUUCAUCAGGAUGGGAUGCUUAAACACAAAGGAACUUAUGAAAUAAUAUCCCCUGACGAUAUUGGUUUAACACGUGCCAACAACUCCGGUAUUGUUCUUGGGAAGCUGAGUGGAAGGCAUGCUGUUAGAUCUGUACUAGUGGAGCUUGGGUAUAAGAUCAGUGACAACGAAUUUAAGGAUUUUCUUAAACGCUACAAAGAGGUUGCGGAGAAGAAAAAGGUGCGUAUGACUGACGAAGACAUCGAAGCAUUACUAUCUGAUGAGAUAUUUAAGCCCAAGCUCAAUCCGAGUGUUGGAUCGAACAAUAUGCCAGGAGGUGCAUCUGGCCACAUUCUUGGAAGUCAGGAGACGGCUCAUGGCACUUCGACCUCUCAACAACAGUAA